AUGUUUACUGGGCCAGAAAAUGUGGCGAAGUGGACUUCACUGCAGAACCACAUCCAAAAUGUACAUGUUCAUGAGAACCACCUCUUCCCCAAGUGUGAACACCCAGACAAAGUUUCCAGGGAUCCAAAAAAAUGGAUCCAACCAGGAUCAAUAGCGCUCCAUAAAGUGGAAAAGCUAUUAUACAACAAGAGAGUUCUCAAGGAUAUAGAAAAGCUCAGCCACAACUUUCAGACGUCAUCACUGGAGGCUUUCCACAGUCUGAUUUUGCGUUUUGCCCCAAAGAACGUGAUUUUCCCUUUCAUAGGAAUGUUGUGCAGGCUGUAUCUUGCAGCAAUGCACUAUAAUGAAAAUGCUAACCGUGAGCAGGCAACAACAACAGCAAAGCCAGUGAAAAUAGAACCAACAUACAACUAUGUGGAUGACCUUAUGAGCCUUCUGUUACAUAAAGUCUUUGUGGACCCCAAGCCAUAUGCAGAAGAGCUGCAUGCAAUCCCCAUUCCACCUCCUCUGUCAUCACAGUAUGAAAAACCUUCCAAAGAAGAGGUGAUUGCCCAGCGUGUGUCACGAUUCAGUCGAGGGGUGGCCGGAACCCAACAUACUGUCCCGCUGGAUCAGGUAACUGUAGACGGAUCCGGUUAACAACACAUGAGGGGA